AUGUCUACAGUCCCGCUGUCUCCUCACUGGGAAGAUAUCGUCGAUGAAUCGCCCCAUGCACCAAGAAUAUUUCCGUCCUAUGCUUACCUUCAUAUCGACACCUUCCUUCACGCGUCUAAGUCCUAUGAUAAAAAGACCAAAGAAUGGACACGAAUGAUCACAGUGGCCAAUGCGUCGACGCUGGUCAAUGCGCUCUUCAUGCCACUCGAAGAUAUCAUAAACGAGAUUCUGUGUCACUUUCAAGAAAAAGAUGCACUAGUUCGAAAUGAAAUAAUACAAACCCACGAAAAUAGAUUAUCUGUCAUUGAGGACGACGACGUCGAAGAAGAAGAAUACUCACGCCGGGUUUCCGCGAACAAGAUAUCCCCAGACAUGGCUAUUAUGGGUAGAGGAGCAAACUUUUUCAUUCAUGAUAAAUAUCCAACCGUACCGGCCUAUACGCACUGUCUCGUUCCAGUGGAGGUGAAGCGGGAGAGCGAUUUUGACUAUGAAGCCGCUGUCACCCAGGUGCAACGAUACGCGAGGAAAUGCUUUGCUCAUCAGCCCCAUCGACGAUGGGUCCCUACAGUCAUCUUCACGGAGAUGAAUGCGCAUCUGGUGAUUCACGACCGUUCUGGAACCUUAACAUUUGACCGCCCAAUCAACUACCACAAAGAUCCAUUAGCAUUUGUCCGCCUUCUUUUGGGCGUCUCCACCGCCGUAGAUGAUCUUAGGAAGUCUUCGUUUGAUCCAAGAAUAUAUUGGGAAGAGCCUAGAGGCUGGCCAAUAAUCAUAGUUAUGCGAAUCGAGGGUGUCUCCGACUCUCAGAAAACGACAUCUGAGUCGCAGCUUGUGUAUUCGGAAUACCAAACUGCAGGGAAGGUUCCGAUGGUCAGACCAUUUGAUCCUCGAGGCACAGUCUGCUGGAGAGCUUUACCAGUUUCCGCCGAGCAUAUGAACCUCAUUGGACCAGUCCUUAUUAAGGAUUCCUGGAGAGACGCUAAGCGGCAAAGCGAAUGGGAGCUUUUGGAAGAGGUCAAAGGCCUUGACGGUGUAGGCCAGAUGGUGACUUACGAGGAAGACGUCGACUUUUCUAUUUCUCAAUUCCGCAAUCAUAUCACUCAGGGACUGUAUGGGGAGCGCAAUCCGUACAGAAAAGACCGCAUUUUUACUCGGCUAGUCCUCAAACACUAUGGACGAUCUGUCAAAUAUUUUAGCAGCAAAUUACAGCUACUUCAUGCGCUGUAUGAUGCUGUCGCUGGCCACAAACGAAUGUGGCUCAAGGGAGUUCUACAUCGAGAUAUCAGUCUGGAAAACAUUUUAUUUGGGCAGGAGGGGGCUCAAGUGGGAAAUCGCGGGAUUUUAAUUGAUCUCGAUUCAGCGAUCAAGGUGAAUGACAGUCAGAGGUCGAAUACUGCUACCCGAUCGGGGCGCCUUCGACCGGGAACAUGCACAUACCAAUCCAUCGCUCUUCUCUAUGGUCCACAAUGGGAUAUUUCUGGUGUGGAAUCACCCCCUCAAGAUCACCUUGAUGACCUCGAGUCUUUCUUCUACGUGUUAGCCUGGAUUUGCAUGAGAUAUAAUGGACCCGGAAUCAAAGCUCAGAACACCGCCAAAUAUCUCGAUAAAUGGGACUCUUCUAAUACAGCUCUUUGCGCAGAAAUUAAGGAAGGGCUUCUGUCUGCUCCAUUGGCGUAUCUACAACCCUACUUUGCUAAGGAUAAAAUCUUCCUCCGGCUUGUUGCAGACCUUGCGAAGGUUUGCGUGCGCCAUGUUACGGAAAAACUGAAAGUUGUCGACUCUAUGGGAGAAUUUCCUGAUCUUGUGGAGAUCCAUCAGGCUCAGGUCGCUUCGUCUGGUAAAGACCAUGAUGAAUUCUUGGCAAUCAUCGGCAAAGCAAUUAACGCCUUAGAAAAGGCGACCAAGGCACAAAAACCCUUCAAGGCGUCACGUAAUACUCAGCCUGCCACAACAGCCCAAGUUGUGGCCGGCGGAUCAGGUGUUACACCGACAGAAGAACCUACGAAAUUUGGCGCUGCUCUGAAGCCAGCGGAGAAAAAGAAAGAAUCGUUGGCCGUCUUCAAAAAAUCUAAUGAUCACAACUUGAACGCUUCGGUGGCACCAGUGACUCAACGUCCGGAGCCAUCUCCUCUAGGAGACUGCUCCAACGUAACACCACAAACCCCAUCAAAAAAGGAGGUCGUUUCUGCCAGUACAUCUAAUAUCGCGCAUAAAUUGUCAAAAGCUAGAGAGAAGAAGCGAAAGAUCACGAUGGACGACUCGGAUGCUGAAGAUAGCAAAUUGGAAGAAGUCCAGAAACGUUCCAAGGUCAACCACUUGAAGGAAAACAGGUCAGACUAUAAAGGCGAAUGUUCUUCGGGAUCUGCGAAGUGA